UUCCCCAUUUUUCAGCAAACCCUAGAGAGAAGAAUGGGAAGGGCUCCUUGUUGUGCGAAGGUGGGUUUGCAUAGAGGUCAAUGGACCAUAUAUGAAGACACAUUGCUAACCAAUUACAUACAACUCCAUGGUGAAGGCAAUUGGCGAUCCUUACCUAACAAAGCAGGAUUACUAAGAUGCGGAAAGAGUUGUAGGUUAAGGUGGAUGAAUUAUUUGAGACCAGACAUCAAGAGAGGGAAUAUCGCGCCCGACGAGGAGGACAUCAUCCUCAAAAUGCACGCACUAUUAGGUAACCGAUGGUCACUCAUAGCUGGACGACUUCCGGGUCGAACUGAUAACGAGAUAAAAAAUUAUUGGAACACACAUUUAAGUAAGAAACUUAGGGAAAUAGGCAUUGAUCCAAUUACACAUAAGAAGGUGAACGAUCAUGAUAAAGUGAAAGACAAGAGUUCAUCUCAGAAAGGUAAGACAAUGAAAAGGAAGAAGAAUAAGAAAGAGACGACAAGUUUGGCCGAGAUACAUAAAGCCCAUGACGUCCCAAAACCUAUCCGGGUCAAUUCCUUCUCAAUGGCCCAAAAUGACGGGUUUAGUCCGGCUAAAGAAAACGGAUCCUACACAUUUGUUGAUAAUUUUUUCAUUGGUGUUCACGAGCCUGAUCUCACGACAUCGACUAAUCAAGGUUCGUUGGAAAAAAUAUACGAUGAAUAUCUACAACUGCUACAAUUAACAGAUGACGGGAAGAAGAUGCAUGCAUGAU